AUGGAGUUGACAGCACUUCUGUUCUCGCUGGCGGCUCUGCCGCUCGCCAUGAGCGAGACGGUCCUUGGCGUAUACAUCUUCUCCCGCCACGGCGACAGGACCCCCAAGGCUCUCGCGCCGGCAAACUUGACCUCCCUUGGAGCUGACGAAGUCUACUCGUCAGGCAACUACUACCGCAGUCGCUAUGUCGACUCCAAUGCCACCUCCCCAAUCUUUGGCCUGAGCAGUGACAUUGCCGUCGCUGGCCAGAUGACCGUGACCGCGCCGGCCGACGCGGUUCUCCAGAACUCGGCUCAGGCGUUCAUGUCAGGCCUCUACCCGCCUGUCGGCGCUCUGUCUACGCAGGCUCUCGCCAAUGACUCUUCUGUUGAGUCCCCACUGGGCGGCUACCAGUACAUCCCCAUCAACACCGUGUCGACUGCUUCUUCCAGUGCCGACUCGGAGAACAGCGCGUGGCUGCAGGGGAACAGCGGCUGCGGGAAUGCCGUCGUCUCAUCCAACAACUACUUCCUCUCUAGCGAGUACACAUCGACUUUCGACGACACCAAGUCGUUCUACAGUGACUUGCUGCCCGUCAUCAACAGCACCUUCGACGCUAAGCAGGCCACCUUCAAGAACGCCUACACCAUCUUUGACUACGUCCAUGUCGCCACCAUCCACAACUCGACGAUCCCCUCGUCGGAUCUUCUGACCAAUGAGACGCUCACACAGCUUCAGCUGCUCGCCAACGCCCACGAGUGGGGCCUGGCUUACAACAGCACCGACACCAUCCGAGCCGUGGCUGGCUCGACCCUUGCUGCACAGAUCGUGCAGCAGCUCAACAGCACCCUGAACAGCAAGAGUGCCCAGCCGUUUGGCAUCCAGUUUGGUGCCUAUGCCAGCUUCCUGUCGUUCUUCGGGCUGGCGCAGCUGCAGAACGUGUCGGCCGAAUUCACGGGCAUCGUCGACUACGCGGCCGCCAUGACCUUCGAGCUCGUCACCAACGCCACCGUGUCCGGCUCGGAGUAUCCCAGCCCCGACGAUGUCUCGGUUCGGUUCCUGUUCGCCAACGGCACGGCCGCCCAGAUCGAGCCCAGGGCCUAUCCCCUGUUCGGCCAGAGCGAGACGCUGCUUCCCUGGAACACGUUCGCAAGUGAGAUGGGCAAGUUUGCCAUCGGAACCACCGCCGAGUGGUGCCAGGCCUGCGGUAACACGACGGGACAGUGUGCCAGUUCCACCUCGACGGAUUCGGGAGGCGGCGACGCGGCUGCCUCUUCUACCUCUGGCAAGGGUAAUGGCAUCUCACUCCCCGUGGCGGGCGUCAUCGGCGCCCUGGUGACUCUGGUUGUGAUUCUGGGUGCUGAGGCCGCGAUCUACGCCAUCUCAGGCUUGAGGCUCGUCAAGAAGUCGACUCUGGCGCAAGCGGGUUCUGGGGCGGGAAUCACCACAGCAGGCGCAAAGGCUUAG